AUGCAUCUACUUUUUGCUGAGCUGGAGCCAUCUGUAACCGUCACCGAGCAAAACUUGGCAGACCGAGUUCGGUAUAUCUUGCGCUCAAAUAUAUUUGAUGACGCCAAGCUCGAACGGCUACGACGUGAGGCUGUUCCCUCAUCAAAUGAAAAUGCUACGGCUGAGGAUGCGGUGCCACAAGUUGCAGAACAACUCGCACACGUGGAUACCACCGUGAAUACCCCAGUGGUGGCUGAUUCAAAUGAUGAUGGAACACUCGUCCAGGAACUAGAAAUAGAGCAAAUGAGGAGUACAUUGGAAGAGGCUAUUAUGGAAACGUGCAGUACGCCUCUCGAAAAUCGAACGCGACUGCCCCGCGUAGCCCUAAGCAAGCGGAAUCGGGCUGUCGUGAGGGCUCUGAACCCAAUGCUGGGGACCUAUUUGGAAGCCAGCCGGGACCUUUGCGAUACGGACUCAAUUCUUUUUGGCGCCGCGCUGGCAGUCUGCCGUAUCAUAGGCGCCAAGGUUUCCACGACUGGACUCGCUACUGGCCAAAGUAGCGCUAUCCCAGUAUAG